AACGGACUGACCUCGUCGGUGUAAUCCAUUCGUCAUGAAGGUGCUGGCUUCUCUUCUGGCUGUGUGCGUGCUGGCAGCCGUGGUGUCGGCGGCCCCCACCUGCCCGCAGUACGACGGCUCCACGCCCGUCUUCUUCCCUGACGAGAACGACAGCAGCAGCUUCUACGAGUGCAGCAACGGCAGGUCCGUCCACAUGGCCUGCCCCACUGGCACCGUCUGGAACUCCAACAUCAACACCUGCGACUGGUCCCAGUCCAGGAAGUAGAAGGCACCGGACGAUCCGCUGUCUCUCAUUC